UAUCGGUAUUUAAAAGAACAUAGAAAUUGCGUUUAUUUGAGAAAAUCGGUGGAGGCUCGGCGAGAAGACUGAAACACGAAGACUGAUGGUGUCACAUGGUAAAAAGCCCCGGAAAUACAUUGUCCGCCCGGUGACGAUGUUUUUACGGGAGCAUAGUAGGGAUGAGUGGGUGUCGGGGAGCUUUUACGCGAUUUUUUCGCAAGUUUCUAGCAGUUUAUGAACACAAGUAUCCGAAUAAUUCAAAACGUAGAUUAUAGGUCUGUGAUCGAGCGCCGGAUAUAUAGCCUUACGUGAGUUACAUGGACAAAGACAAGGGCGCUGACGUUGUCUCCAGAUCGAGAUGAAGCAUCAUGGUCAGUGCUCCUGGAUGGAGAUGCAUCAGUUCAUUGGCGAUCUUAUCACAUCUGGAAACAGCUCCGGUCAGUCACUGAAGGAACAGACUGAUGUACUUCAUGUGGCAUGGGGGGUGGCUGGAGGUGAUGCUCUGGGGCUCAGAGGUGUCCAGCUUGAACCUCUCACCCAAACAAGGCCAGCCCAGGACAAGCCAGACCCAUGCCACGAGCGACGCCUUCUGUCUGGGGCAGCAGAGAGGCGGGGAGAGGUCAGAGACAGACAGGAAGAUGUCCAUCAUGCCUGCACCUGCCCCGGCUGCCCUUAUUCCACUUCUUCCUUUGAGACUUUAAAACCCAGACAAUCUUCACAGCCACGCUCAGAUACAGCAUGCCACCCUAAAGACCUUAGCAGUACCUCUGCCAUGAGCCUGAGUCUGUGCUUAUCAGGAGAGGACACCAAUGAACCCAGCAGCACUACCACAUCUCAGUUAGAGCCCACGCCUUCCAGCCAGCCCCAGAGGAAGGACAAAGAGACUGGGAGUCACAGCCCUAGCCUAGCUUCUGAUCACAGCUCUGAUACCUCUCCAUCCAGAGGCUCCAUGUCCCACAUCCCCAUGUUCCCCUGUUUGUGUUGUCACCGCAGCCUCCAGACCUGUGGCCAGAUACUGAGUCACCAGGAAGGAGCAGACUCCCCAUUUUCUCACACCCACCAUCAUGUUCAUCAUCACCACUGCCCUCUAACCUCUUGUUUACCCUGCCCUCAGCUAGCCCACUCCCAUUCGCACCCUGCACAGCUCCCUGGCUCUUUUCCCUGCUUGUCUUGCCAGCGUUCCUUUCCUGCCUGUACUCAGGUCUGCCACCACCAGCAUGGCCAGACUCACACUCACCAUCAAGAGGAGAGGGGUAGGACCACCAUGGCCUUGUCAUUGCUGCAUCCGUGUAUGCAUUGCUCUGCCUCCUUUUCGCGGCCCUCCCAGCUUCUGCAGCACCAGCGCUCUGAGCACGCCCACAAACCGGCCGGCUUCCUCUGUACGGAGUGUGGCAGGGCCUUCAACUCACACAGCAACCUCCGCAUCCACCUCAACGUGCAUACUGGCGCUCGGCCUUACACCUGCUCUGACUGUGGGAAGAGUUUUAGCCAGUCGGGGGCUCUGAAGAUCCACAGGCGGAUUCACACAGGUGAAAGGCCCUAUUCCUGUGCGUUCUGCGGUAGGGGGUUCCCUCAUUUGGCUGGGGUCCGGGCCCACCAGAGGACGCACACUGGAGAGAAGCCCUACCGCUGUAACCAGUGUGGGAAAAGUUUUACCCAGUCAGGGGCUCUAAAGAUUCACACCCGCAUCCAUACAGGAGAGAGGCCCUUCAUCUGUGGCCUCUGUGGGAAAGGCUUCUCCAACCGCUCCGGCAUCCGCUUCCACCACCGGACAGUCCAUGGGUUGCCAGCUGAACAGGGUGGAGGAGCUAGAGCUGGGGGUGUGUAUCGAGGACCAGCAGGCCAUGGUAAUCCACCUGUGGCUGCUGGGCGUCCCAGGACUGGCCCUCCCACCAGCACUGGGUUAAAUACAUGCAACAGCCCAGAGAGUGACUCCCAUGCUGUCCUGGCUUCCAGAGUUCCUCUUACUUCAAGUGCAGCUCAUCCUGAAUCUGCUUUCCGAGGCAGACCAGCCAGCAAGUCCCAAUCUGAGAGGGCAAACCCAGGCAGCAACAAGGACGGGCUGUAUACAUGUGAGGACUGUGGCCUUCGCUUUAAGGACGCCCCCUCCAGGAACAGACACCAGACCCUGGCGCACUACUCCUCUGAUGGAGGAGAGCUGGCCACGAAAGAGGAGGGACAGAGGAAAGGGACAGCCACAGAGGGUGCAGGAUCAUAGUGGAGUUAGAAAAGUGAAUUAAUGUUGUUGGUGAUGGCACAUGAAAGAUCGGGGGGUACAGGGCUGAAGCUGGCAAAAUCAACAUACUGGGGUGAAUGGUAUUUUAACAUACAGUUUUGAAAGUACAUGUUUAAAAUAAUUCAUGGCUUUGUUUUUCCACUUGUAGAACUCUCUUUGAUACUGUGUACUACUUUGUAAAGCUGUUGGGUUAAAAUUCAUACGUCAAGUGAGAAAUUACAUUUUUCUGUCUUGCAAGGAUUUUAAGGAAACGUAGUUCGCUUAAAUGCAGAAUCUUCACACGUUUUGACUCUCAGAACAGAGCAGACACAUGGCAGUCUCCUUAUUUAGCACCUUAAUGAUAAAUGACAUUUCUGUCAUAAUACAUCAUAUUUUAUUCUUACCUUAAUAGGAGUUAAUACCUCAGAUCCCUUUUCCUGUUAUUGAGGUAUUUGGUAGUGUGUUUGUGCUGACUCUUCACUGCUGUGGGCUUUCAUUUCCUUAAAAUAACCUUGAACACUUUACUAGCCAACCUAAAUCACCAUUGUAAUGCCAUAUCCACCACUGUAUUGAUCUCCAUAGCUGUAUUGUUGCAUAAUAGAGCAAUCACAAAAUAUGACACUUCAAAACCUAGCCAACUUAUUAUUAUUAUUAUUAUCAUUAUUAUUACCAUUAUUGUGGGUACUUGGGCUUUACCACUGCCAUCUGUCCCUUAUUAAACAGAAUACCUUGAAAUGAAGAAAAAAUAUAUUUUGUUCUUUGUGAAAUGGAAUAGAAUUCGUAUGAAAAAGAAAGUGAAAAAGAAAGGACAAAGUGGCGAAUAAAAAAUAAUUUGUGUGUGCUGCAGCAUUGAUUAGUAUUUUCCAAAUUAUUUCUUUGCAGCUGCAUCUUUGCAGACGCUGUGUAAUGGUCUGAGGUACUUAAUUCUAUCAAGUCAAGAAUGCAACAUACACAUCGCAAACACUGCCGUUAUCCUUUGAUGUAUCUCGUUUGUGCUACUAAGACCAAUCCCCAAAGGAGAAAUUAAUCUUUCUGGUUGCCCCACUCCACGCCUAGAGUUGAAGAGCGUUCAAGUAUUUGAAAGGCACUUUUUCUAAUCACUACGCCACCUUGCUCGUUGUGCCUUUGUGUCUAAUACAAGUUCUGCAUUUAUUUUUAAACCAACGUCUGUUCAUUUGUUUCAUGAUGAAUGCUGGAGGACCGGUGGAGAGGUUGUAAAGACAAUCCAUUGUUGUGAAACGUUUAUAGCUCAAUAGAGCCAUCUAGUGGUCAUAUAUAUAAUCACAGCAAUUACAUAUCAACCACUUUGUUAUACCUUGUCCUGUAAUUCCAAUAUGGUAUGUAAAACAUGUUAUUGUUUGUAUUAUCAUAUCAUACAAUGACCUGCUUGUUAUAUAUUGUGAGAGCAAAAAGUUAGAUGCUGGUGAUACAUAUUCAAUGCCUUUUUUAUGCUAUUAAUCUAUUAAAUAGAUUAUUAUUCUGAAGCAUACAUUGCUGUAUGAGUCUCUGAAAGUGCAGUCUGUGAAUAAAACAAUAACAUUUCAUCAAUAAACAUUAUCUCUGAGACA